UUCCCGAGGGGCGGGGGGCUUGAGGGAUUUCUGUCUCUAUUUUUUUUUGACCAGCUUCCUGAGCUUACUUUGAGAAUCACGAUUGUAGUUGUUGGACCGGUGGUUUUAACUACAGCCUCCCUGCUGCCUACAAUUUAGGCAACUGCGUGGGUUCUCCUCGCCUUCAUACUUUAACCCGAGAGCCGCCGCCAGCAGCUGCGGUCUGGCUGUGAGCGCGAGAACGUCAGGAUCUGGCCUCAAAACCUGAAAUCAUGCCUUCUUUCCCCCUCUCAGGCUCCCACCAAAGCAAAACGCCUGGUUAACUUUUAUAUUCUCAGCAGACCCCCAUCAGUCGUUCCUCUACCCCCUAACUCCCUUUUUCUGCUAGGAGCUGGGGCCAUCAAAAGCGUCAUAUUUUGUUGAUGGGAGAUAUAAAAGUCUCUGUUCUUAUACGCAUUCUCCAUCAGAUUCUUAAAAUUUUGCAUUGUAUAUCUUCUUUUAAAAUUUUAAUUCAUCCCCCACUCUCCCACCCAUUCCUCCUCACCCUCACGCUUUGCUGGGAAAGCAUCAUCGCAUUUCAAGAUCCAUCUGGAUCUACUGCAUCCGGAUUAACUCAACGGGGGAAAUUAUAGAUGGGGUUGCAGGCCGAUCCGCGUCCCUGGAGAGCUUGUGUUUUCCUGCUGGAAGAGCAAGACUCUCCUGGGACCUUCAGACAUUUAACAGUCUGAAUGUCAGCAGCUGAAAAUGCCUUUAGACGAUGAAGCAUCUGAAGAUGACUCAGAUUCAGUUUCUUCAAACAGUGCAAGAGCCUACAUUUUCCAGUGAGAGAGUGUAACAAUUUCUGUACGCUAUGGAAGAUUUUGACUUGCGGAAACCCUUACAAAAAGCUUCAUCUUCUGUAGAAUCUGAUAUAAAAAAUUCUCCCCAUUCUCUUGGACUGAACUUAAGUACUAAUAGAAGUAGUCCCCACCUUAGUACAAAUGGGGUAUCCUCUUUCUCAGGGAAGACCAGACCAUCUGUAAUUCAAGGUACAGUUGAAGUCCUAACCUCUUUAAUGCAAGAGCUACACAACAGUGGAAAGACUGAUUCGGAACUUUGGAAAAACUGUGAGACCAGGUGGUUACAACUAUUCAAUUUGGUGGAAAAACAAUGCCAAGAGCAGAUAGUUGCCCAGCAGGAACAGUUCCACAACCAAAUUCAACGUAUACAGAAGGAGAUAAAAAAUUUAGUCAAGUUACAGACCAAUAAUGCUUCCUGGGCUUCCUGUGAUAGAAGUUCUUUAAGCAGACAAAUAUCUUCAGAAAGUCAAAUGGGUUUUUUUUCUGAAAACAGUGAGAGAAAUGAAUCUGUUAUCAGUUAUCCCAAGUCUAAAGAACCUGAAAUGCAGCGAGAAACAUCUAUGUCACAACCAGACUGCAAUGUGGAUAGUAGCUCAGUGAGCAGUGGGUAUGGUACCUUUUGUGUCUCAGAACUAAAUACCUACAAACCUAAGGACGCUCAAGAGUUCAUGGAGCACGCAGAGGUUUCUAAAGGACAGUUUGGAGCGCCGGUGGUGCAAAAGGAGUCACUUGUAGAUGGUGUGAAAAACCAGAGUUUUUAUAUACAUACAAAUGAAGAAUUUUGUGCAUCUUUAAAGGAAGAUACUCCCAUUUUUCCUGGUGAAUUUGAACACAGUUUUCUUGGUGAAAAUAAGAUUUCGGAAGUAUACAGUGGAAAAACAGAUAAUAAAUCUAUAACAUCAUGGGCUCAAAAGCUGAAGCAGAACCAACCAAAGAGAGCACAUAAAGAAGAGGGGUGUUCAAAACCUAUGCAAGGAAAUGAGCAAACCAGGAAAUCACCAAUUGAGAAAUCUGAUUUCACUGCUGCUACACAUUCUCGAGCUUUUUACCUCAACAAACCAGAUGAGAGUCCAAAUUGUUGGAUGUCUGAUUCAGGAACAGGACUGACUUACUGGAAACUGGAGGAGAAGGACACGUAUCACUCUCUGCCUGAGACACCAGCCUCCUCCACGGAUAUAUCACCAAGCCAGUCUAAUACUAGUAAUGAGAUGAAGCUACCAUCACUGAAGGAUAUUUAUUAUAAAAAACAGAGGGAAAACAAGCAGUUACCUGAGAGGAAUCUCCCUUCUGCUUCCAACCCAAAUCAUCCACCGGAGGUACUGACUCUAGACCCAACGUUACACCUGAAGCCAAGUCAGCAGAUUUCAGGGAUUCAGCCACAUGGCUUUUUGAAUGCCCUUGAUGACAGAAUAUCCUUCUCACCGGACUCCGUUCUAGAACCUAGUAUGGCUAGUCACUCUGACAUAGACUCGUUUUCACAAGCAAGUCAUGUUACUUCUCAGUUAUCUGGAUUCCCAAGAUAUCCUUCAAGUACAAAAGUGUCUCCAGUGGACUCUUGGAAAAAUCAUGCAUUCCAAAAUGAAAGUAGGACCAGUUCCACGUUUCCUGCAGUAUAUGCUAUUGGUAGUAACGACAUCUCAGUCAACAGUGUAGAUGAAGAAAACACUGGCCUGGUACCUUUUGCCUCAGUCAGUCAGUCCCAGCUUCCAGGUACAGCCAGUGGUGUCCCAGAAUGCAUUUCACUGACUUCCCUGGAAGAUCCUGUGAUAUUGUCUAAGGUUAGGCAGAACCUGAAGGAAAAGCAUGCUCGACACAUCGCAGAUCUUCGAGCUUAUUAUGAGUCAGAAAUAAAUAGUUUGAAACAGAAACUGGAGGCAAAAGAAAUUCCUGCAGUUGAAGAUUGGAAGAAAACCAAUCAAAUUCUUGUAGACAGAUGUGGCCAGUUAGAUAGUGCUCUGAAUGAAGCUACUAGUCGUGUGAGAACACUUGAAAAUAAGAAUAACUUGCUGGAAAGAGAAGUGAGUGAUCUUAGAGAACGCUUCAGUGCAGCCAGCAGUGCCUCCAAAAUUUUGCAGGAACGAAUUGAGGAAAUGAGAACAAGUAAUAAAGAAAAAGACAAUACCAUCCUUCGACUGAAAUCUAGACUUCAGGAUUUAGAAGAGGCAUUUGAGAAUGCUUACAAACUCUCAGAUGAUAAAGAAGCAAGACUAAAACAAGAAAAUAAAAUGUUUCAAGAUCUUUUAGGAGAGUAUGAGUCCCUUGGAAAAGAACACGAAAGAGUAAAGGAUACAUUAAAUAAAACUGAGAACAAAUUGCUUGAUGCACACACUCAGAUUUCUGAUUUGAAAAGAACAAUUUCAAAACUUGAAGCUCAGGUCAAGCAAGUAGAGCAUGAAAAUAUGUUAAGUCUUCGUCAUAAUUCUAAAACUCCUAUGAGACCCUCACGUGCCAACACGCUGGCGAGCUCCGACGUCAGCCGGCGGAAGUGGCUGAUCCCGGGAGCAGAGCAUUCCAUCUUCACUGGGCAGCCUCUGGACACGCGGGACAGCAAGGCAGACAGCCAGCCGGAGGACACCUGCCUUGCUGGGUACCAUUCUCCUCUGGAAAAGGAUCCUUCACCUGGAAGUUCACCAACAAGUUUAUUGAUAAAAAAACAAAGAGACACUUCAGACACACCAAUCAUGAAAGCUUUGAAAGAACUUGAUGAAGAAAAAGUAUUUAAAAAUUGGGGCACACAGACGGAGAAAGAGGAUACCUCAAAUAAAUUAGUGACUCCUCGGCUAACUGACACUUCAGUCAAUGCAAGUCGGUCCCCAGAGAAAGGUGCCCAGCAAAGACAAAAGAGAUUUAAUUCUGCUUCACAGAGAUCGUCAUCUUUACCACCUUCAAAUCGUAAAUCAAGUACUCCAACAAAAAGAGAGAUUAUGUUAACACCAGUGACUGUGGCUUAUAGUCCAAAGCGAUCCCCUAAAGAAAAUUUGUCCCCAGGAUUUAGUCAUCUACUUAGCAAAAAUGAAAGCAGCCCGAUUCGAUUUGAUAUACUUUUGGAUGAUUUAGAUACUGUUCCUGUGUCUACAGUACAACGUCCCAAUCCAAGGAAACAACUCCAGUUUCUUCCUCUAGAUGACUCAGAAGAAAAAAAAUACUCAGAAAAAACCACUGACAUCCAUGUUAAUCAUAGCUCUUCCCCCGAACCGUUGCCAAGUGGAGUGAAGAAAGUCUCUGUGAGAUCAGCCUGGGAGAAGAAUAAAUCAGUUAGCUAUGAACAGUGUAAGCCUGCCUACGUACCACCACAGGGUAAUGAUUUUGAGUAUACAGCAAAAAUUAGGACCCUAGCUGAAACGGAACGGUUUUUUGAUGAACUUACAAAAGAAAAAGACCAGAUUGAGGCAGCACUAAGCCGAAUGCCUUCUACUGGAGGACGAAUCACUCUGCAGACAAGAUUGAAUCAGGAAGCCUUGGAAGAUCGCUUGGAGAAGAUUAAUCGAGAGCUGGGUUCAGUUCGUAUGACAUUAAAGAAAUUUCAUGUUUUGCGCACCUCUGCAAAUCUUUGAGAUUUGUAGCCAUUAAAUGUUGAGGCAGUUUUGUUUGCACUAAUGUGUAAUUAUGCACUCAGAAAAGGCAAACUAUUUUGUACUGUUUAUAAGCUUUCACUCAGUAGUUUUACAAUCAUGCUCUUCUUUACACUUGCUAUUUUAUACUUCAAAUGGCCACAUAUUUUCAAGAUAUUUUUGUUAUGCUCAGGAAUCUCGUAUAUUUUACUAUUUAAAAAGUAUUAUUUUUAAAUAGUAUAUAUAUCCAAUUUAUAGCAAGAAUAAGGAAAUGUAAAUAGGGGAGACAGCUUUGUUUCUAAACAAAUAGUGUUAUCCUUUUACCAUUAACUUUGCACACCAAUUUUAUAAACUUGUUCUACGUUGUGAAUAUGAUUCUUUUUUUUUAAAUAAAUGCUUAAGGACAGCUUCCGUAAUGAUAGAGUAAUACAUGCUGAAUGCAAAAAAAAAAAAAAACAAAAACAAAAAACAGCAUACUCUGGAUUUAGUUGUGUUGAAGUUUUUUAAAAAUAGUAAUGUAAUUCGUGUUUGAACCAUGUCUUAGAGUGAAUAUUGGAAUAGUUAAUAAUGGAAAUAUUGGAAAUAAUGGAAUAUUGGAAAGCUUUGAAAGUAAGAAUAUCUCAUUUUGUUUCCCUUAAACUUCAUUAUUUGUAAGAAAGAAAAAUGAUAGAGAUGUAAUUCUCUAAUUUUGUGAUAGAUGUAGUACUUUUCAGAAAAGUUUAACAACUGGGGAGUUGUAGCUUUCUGCCCAUCAUUCUGAAUGUAAUUUGUGUCCCGCCCUUGACAAUGAGGUGAUAAAGCUUUGAUGGAAAUAUAGGCCACCACUCAGGUUGAAAGAGCAACCCCAGUUUCCUCAGUGUACGUGGCCUCAGCUGUCAGAUCGUCAUGAAGACAUUUUUAACCCCUAUCCCCACCCCCACCCCCACCCCGCCAAAAAGAAAAAUAAAUACUCCCAUAGUAGCUGCUGUAAGAACAGUAGGCUGAGAUGAGAGCAACCUUCCCUGCUUGUUACUGGACAGGGAACGUGUCUAGAUAGAGCUCGGUGCCUUCCGCGUGGCCUUGCUGGAGGGCUCCAGCGCCCUGCCUUGGCAAUGCCUCCUGGCUCUCAGAAGCAGCACGUGGGCAGGAAGCUGUGCUCUGAUCGGGAGCCUAGCAGGUAGAGGUCCUGACUUCUGGUCAGGUCCAGGCUGCUUAGCUGCCCACUUUUUGGUGGCCAGUCAGAACCCAGUGCCCACAUAUUCAAGCUUGGUAUGUGUUGACAAACAGACUCAUUCCAAACUUUCACCAUUGAUUCCCACUGAUUCCGGUUUUACAGUUUGGUUUACUUUUGAGCUUUUUCUCCUUCUUCUGUGGCUCUUGAGAGCAUGUAGUUAUAUUGAGCCAAGCCACCCAUUAUUCCAUUAGGGUAUAUGUAUGCCUUCGAGCAGGGAUCUCAGAUAAUCUCUGAGCACCCUUCACCGGAGCUUCCCCUGCCUGAGCUCGGGCCUGGUGCCUGCAGCCUCCCUGCUCAGCUCAGGGGUUCCCAGCAAGCGGGGGUCGCCUGACAGCGGCCUCUCUUGCUCCUUCCUGUCCGUGAAUCAAACCUUUGCUUCCAACUCCUGCAACCUGUUGGAGACCUCCAGCUAAUCAGAGUUACUCAUCAGCAGAAUCAAGUGCCUUAUUCUUGGUGUUUUUUCCUAGUCUUUUUUUCUUUUUAAUCUCCUAGUUAUAGUGAAGAAAACGUUCUUUUUAAUCAAGUUCCAGGAGAGCUUGUGUCAAGACUUAAUAAAGGGAUCGACUUUACCGAUGAUACUCCCUUUGAUGUGUUCCUAUACAUGAUAUUAAAAACUAACUUGAAAAUUAUUAGGAUGUUUCAUUGUUCCCUACUUGUAUUGUAAAGUCUAUUACAUUCUUAAGAAUAGGAAAUGGCCAUUUCAGAAGAGAUGAGCGUUUUCUCUUGUCAGGGAGUUAUCUUCUUAGUAGUCUUAUUCCAAUCUAAGCCCCAUUAAGAUGUGUUCUGUACCUCUCAGGAAACAUAUGCUUUGAUUUGUGACGUGUGUAAUAGAUUGGAAGUAUCAGUCACUUAUUUAAAAUUAAGAAAAAAAAAUUUUUUCUUCGUAGCUGUGAAGAGGGACACCAAGGAAAAUCCUUUCAGCCGUCUUUCCCUUUGGUAAUGCUUAACGUACACAUACUCCAGUUAAAAACAACCUGAAAGCUGGAGAGGUGGCAAGCUUAAAAAGCACCUGUUGUUGCUGUCUCUGGGGCUGAGCUGCAGUUAGUGACAAACCUAAGUGAAUCUUCCACUUCUGGGAAGUGCCUUUUAAAAUGCAAGUAGAGUUACUGCUCUCCUUUCCCCUGGAUCUACCCCCUUCCUUUCCCUGAAAAGCCUCCUGAGGUGGGGGGAAUGUCCUCUGUCCUUCGAGGGUCCCUAGUAGAUGUAGCUACUAGGCAGCGCUAGGACUGUAGCAGCUGGGCAGGGGACAGGCGAGCCAGACAGACCUGGGUCACACCCUGCUCAGGGCCGCCUUCCUCCAUGUAAAGAUAAGAAGCUGCCUUCCAUUGUGAGAGCUUAUGUAAAGUGCCUGGUGUCUAGUAAGUUUUCAAUAAACAGUACAUUUCUGAUUCAUUCUGGGUUAUUAAAUAGGCUUUUGAAGUAGCGAUUUCAGUGCUUUCUUAGAAAAGUAGACUGUGUCCCCAGCAAUUGACUUAAAAACUGCCUUGGGUUGGUUGACAUUUGUUAGGUGGUCUAAGCUGUUCUCUCCAUCUUUUUGCAAAAAAUGAGCUUUCUUAGAGUUUAAGUGAGCUGGGCUCAUUUAGAGUUUAAAUGGUGUGCUUUUUUUAAUGAGUAAUUGAUAACUUGGCUAGUGUAAGUUCAGAAGCCCUGUGAUCUUAAGUAAAGUAGAUGAUUUGGGGGUUAUCUGAUAUAGGCUGUUUUACCAAAAAAAAAAAAAAAGUAUUGCCAAUGUAAUCAAAAUAAUUGCACCUUUGAAUGUUCCAUAAUUAGACUUCUAAAGGUGCUGGCCUGUGACACAGGAGCACAUGAAGGAAGUGGCUGCCAGUGAACGUUUGGAAGAUCUAUAUGAAGAUUAUGAUUUGCUUUUGGAGUUUGAUAAGCAACCAAAAUUUGUUCCCCUUUUUAACUCAGAAAAGCCAGGUGCUUUGCUGAAUGCUAUUUGAAUUCUGAACUCUGUACUUAUAAAUGUAGAAAAGUUAGACACUUUUGUCAUUUUAAUUUUUAGAUAUCUCAAAAGCAGUUUUCACUAAAUUUUAAUGUGCCAUUUGUGCUGUGAAUCUCUAAGAAGCUUUUUAAAAAAUAAAUACAUAUCUAGAGCCCUUUAGGAAUCAUAAAGGUAAAUCGUAUUUACCCAUCAUAAGUGAUUGUACAUGGUUAUGAGAUUUGCAGGUCUAAUUAAACCAAUUAUAUUGCACAGAUUUUGCAGGAGAUAAUUUCCUGCCUUGCCAAGAGUUCUGUGGCAGUUUAAUAAUAUAUUAAACUACACCAGUAUUCUUAGGACCUGUUUGUUAAGCCUUCCCCUUUUGAUUUGUGUUUUAUUUCAGCAGACCCCUCUCAAAUAGGAGGAAUCAAGCCAUAAAUUUGCAUUUGCUGGACAUUAUAUGUCAUGUCAUCGCUGUGACUACAGACUUCAAAGAUAAUGUUUUAUUCACAAUUUCACUGUAACAGUGACCAAUAUAACGUGAGAAAUUUGCUUCCUAUAGUGCUGCUGACAUUAGACAAAGACCAGUGCUUGUUGCAGUUCUUAAAUCUAGUCAAAUGCUGGAGUAAUGAAAUUGUAAGCUCCAUGAAAGCAGGGACCAUCUCCUCUUCAUUCUUGAAUACAGGCACUUAAUAAAUAUUUGUGCAUAC